GCCGCGGGACUCGCUCGGCUCGGGCUAGUCGAGAUCACGGCGUCAUUCGAAUAGCACGCGCGGCUCUCCUUAGAACCGGCCGGCACCCGAAUAAUGUUUCAGUUUUUGACAAACUCAAUCGGAGGUCUCGGAAGAAGUACCGUAUUUAAUUUACAUUGCUUAUCUAGCCGCAUAUUCUCAGUGAGUGUUACCCAGUGUGUACGAAAAAAAAUUUGUCGAAGAUUCUGAAGAAUCUUGUGUUAAAUUGUGUAAUUCGCCGGCUGAGGCGGGAUCGCGUAUUGCACAAACUUUUUUGACGGUGUGCGUGGAAGGACGUCGCGCGCAUCGUCCUUGUGAUAAGAGGACACUGUGAUAUCGGCGAACUCGUCUUAGCUUUAAAACUAGUUACGAAUUAGAUAUAAUAUAAAUAAAAAUGUCGCUGCUAAUCGACAACGUAUUUCAAUUCGACGUUUGGGAAACGAUGGACCAGGAAACCAUGGAAUUGACGCGAACCUCAGAGUUCUGGACUCAAGUCCAGUACGAGGCGGACCGGAUAGACCUGAUACCGCCGGCAGACAACUCCGACGACCUGGAAAAUGACCUGGACUGGCGGAUACCAGAGACUCCGGAAGAUCCACCCAAGGAGUCAAUAGUCCACCACGACUGCAUGUGGGCAGGGUCCGACUCGGUGCGCAAUAGCAACACGUUCGUGCCGUCGGAUCUGAUGGUCGCAACCCCUGGCCAGAGCUUGCUGAGGCGUGACGCGUCGCCACCCAGGCCGGAGACGCCGCCAUCGGUGGACGGUGACGAUGUCCCGGAGUUCCUGCACGCUGUGGACGUCGCCGGCACCGCUCUGCGCCUGCUUCGCGACUCUGCUGCUGUCGCCGCUGACCACUCCUACACCCUCGCCCGCCAGCACAUGGAUUAUCUUGGCGUGCAGACACCUUCCGACUCUGGAGAAUCAGAGGAGGAAAUCGACGUGGUGUCCGUCGGCAACUCCACCCAGACCUUCACCGGCGUGGUGUCGCCGUCGCAGACGCUCGAGUACGGCCAGGAGUACACGAGAAUAUCCCCGAUCCAGGAGAAGCACCACCCGCGCGCCGGCGACGCCUCGCACAGACCGCGGCCCACCGUGGCGAGGAAGCGGCUGAUACCGCCCGUGAACAUCGCGGCCUCCGUGCCCCGGCGGCGGCGCGGCCCAGGCAGACGAGGCCGGCCCAACACUGACACAGACUCCGAGGCCGAGUCCCCCGAGAUCGAGCGCCGGUCGAUACACAACGACAUGGAGCGCCUGCGACGCAUCGGCCUCAAGAACCUCUUCGACGAGCUCAAGAAGCAGAUCCCCGCGACCAGGGACAAGGAGCGGGCCCCCAAGGUGGUCAUCCUGCGCGAGGCCGCCGCCCUCUGCCGCAAGCUCAGGGAAGAGGAGCUCGAGAGGGAACAGCUCAAGAAGAAGCAGGACAAGCUGCUCAUCAAACUCCGGAAGCUACGCGUCACCGCCGCCAAACGAUGCCGACAAUUUUGAGCAGCCGAUCUGUAAAUUUGGUUACUAGUUGGGAGUCGACGAACUCCCGGUGCGAUGCUCGAGAGCUGACAACUCUUCGGUAUGUAAACCUCCCCCCUCCCCGCGUGCCGGCUCGGGGCGGGCAAUCGAGAGGGAAGUUCUGAAGCAUCGUCUAUCAAUAUCCUAGUUUUUGGUCAGCUUUUACGGCUUACUCGGCUUCUGUGCGACGCGUAUCAAUGUGACAUUUAGCAGUGCCAAAGUGAGCCAUAAAACUGUGGGAACCUAAGUCUUCAAAUUAUACAAUAGCUCAGACUGCUUCGUUAACUAGUAGACUGGUUUAUACCUCUCGUUUUUGAAAAAAAUACUUAGUCGACUUAAGGCACAGAUUUACCCCAUGUUGAUGUAAUUAUGAGAAAGUUAAGCUUACGUUAUUUCGAAGAAUAAGUAGGAUAUUUUUACCGGAUUUUACUCGAAACGUGAGGACGAAUAUGUCGAGUAGUCGUACUACUGCCCUAAUGUAAAUAGAACCGGUAGUACGGUCGGUAGUCUAGGUGUAAAGCAGGCUGGCAAACAUAAGUUGCUGGCCCCGCGAAUAGCUCAGGAGGCGCAGGCCACUCUAUAUGUUUUCGGCCCUAUUCGUAGAAUUUACUUUUCAUCCCCGCCGCGCAUCAAAAUGCCCGCCGGGGUAGUGAUAUCGAUAAGGUUUAAUUUGAUAUUAUAAGUGUACACUAGGUUAGUUUGCUUACGGUUUUUGUAGUGUUUUUUUUGUUAUUUUGUAAAUUUUAACAAUUAUAUUUUUAUAUUUAAUCGCGAUGUAACCGGAUCACCGUUUUACCUAACAUCUUUUAAGCAUUUUUGGACCAUUUUUGGAUUUUAAUGUAGGUGAACUGCACGAACAUGAUAUUUUUAUUCAUCGCUCAUUAUGAUAUUCGUAAGAAAAUACCGCGUAAAAUAUUAUACGACGCCUAACGACUAAAACAUGAUAUUUUAUGC